CGUUCCGAUCCAGAACACCGGGUCAUCCAUGAGGCUAGAGGCCGCAGCCAGGAUGGAUGUGUUCAGGAAGCUGUGGACUGCGCGGAAGCUGAUACUCGUGGUGUUCAUCCCGCUGUCGCUGCUUCCCUUACCUCUCAUCCACCCCACCAGCGAAGCAUGCUGUGCGUACGUGCUGAUGGUGACCGCAGUCUACUGGGUUUCUGAGGCUGUUCCCCUGGGCGCUGCUGCUCUGGUACCAGCCUUCCUCUAUCCGCUAUUUGGGGUUCUCAAGUCCAGCGAGGUGGCAGCGGAGUACUGUAAAGACACCACUCUGCUGCUGAUGGGAGUCAUCUGCCUGGCCGCCUCCAUAGAGAAGUGGAACUUGCACAAACGCAUCGCUCUGCGCAUGGUGAUGAUUGCAGGGGCCAAGCCUGGCAUGUUGGUGCUGGGCUUCAUGUGCUGCACAGUGUUUCUGUCCAUGUGGCUCAGCAACACGUCCACCACGGCCAUGGUGAUGCCCAUCGCAGAGGCGGUCCUGCAGCAGCUGAUCUGCACCGGCCUGGCCGAUGGCCCCGCCGACUCCGAAACAACUGAGGCCCCCGAGGAGGACAGCGCUGUUUCAGACAAAGAAGAGAACUUUGACAAAAACAAGCUGGAGCUGCUCUAUCGCAACGACAGCAGCGACUGCCCUAAACAGGAUUUCUGUACAGGCGAGGAUGGAACGAAUGGUUUCAUCGGGCACACCAACGGACACCUGCCGCAGCUCACGAUUGAAAUUCCGAACGUGAAGCGGGUGAAGGCCAGGAGGGACUCGCAGUAUCCCACCAAGCAGGACCACAUGAUCUGUAAAUGCCUGUCGCUCAGCAUCACCUACGCCGCCACCAUCGGAGGCCUCAUCACCAUCACCGGCACAUCCACCAACCUCAUCUUCGCCGAGCAGUUUAACACUCGUUACCCCGGCGCGAAAGUCAUCAACUUCGGCACGUGGUUCAUCUUCAGCUUCCCAAUCGCCAUCAUAAUGCUGGUUCUCACCUGGCUGUGGCUGCACUUUCUCUUCCUCGGCUGCAACUUCAGGGAAACAUGCUCGUGGAGUAAGAAACGCAAAACCAGGAGAGAGAUGCUGUCGGAGAAGAGGAUCCAGGAGGAGUACGCCAAACUAGGACCCAUCAGCUACCCAGAGGUGGUGACCGGUGUUUUCUUCAUCCUGAUGACUCUACUGUGGUUCACCAGAGAGCCUGGUUUCGUGCCCGGCUGGACAUCUCUUUUUGAGAAGAAAGGCUACAGGACUGAUGCAACAGUGUCAGUCCUUCUGGGCUUCCUGCUCUUCCUCAUCCCUGCCAGGCGACCCUUCUCCUCCUCUUCCUCCUCCUCCAGCUAUAGGGGCACAGCACCUGAUGACAAUUCAGAAUCCGACCCGCUGGCUCCUAUGAUCACCUGGAAGGACUUUCAGAGGCUGAUGCCGUGGGAGAUCGUCAUUCUGGUGGGAGGAGGCUAUGCACUGGCUGCUGGUUGCAAGGUGUCAGGCCUGUCUAUGUGGAUCGGCAGACAGCUGGAGCCCAUGAGUGGUCUUCCUCCGUGGGCCGUCACCCUGCUGGCCUGCUUGCUGGUGUCGGCGGUCACAGAGUUUGCCUCCAACCCGGCGACCCUUACCGUCUUCCUCCCCAUUCUGUCAGCACUGUCAGAGACUUUGCGCAUCAACCCCCUCCACACUUUGAUUCCAUCCACCAUGUGCGUGUCAUUCGGGGUCAUGCUUCCAGUGGGGAACCCCCCCAACGCCAUCGUCUUCAGUUACGGCCACGUGAAGAUCAGUGACAUGGUGAAAGCAGGCUUCGGGGUGAACCUGAUAGGCGUGGCGGUGGUGAUGUUGGCCAUCACCACGUGGGGGGCGCCCUUAUUCAACCUGAACGAGUUCCCGGCCUGGGCGGUGGCGAGGAACGUCACCGGGAGCUUAUAGUAAAGUGCUUCUGUAAAGAAAAGACAAGAAGGAUGAAAGUACUGUGUUGCUCAGAUUCCAGUCCUUUUUGGUUAAAAUGGACCUGAGGAUGAAGAGAAGGGGUAGAAGAAGAGGAGAGCGGAGAACCAUUACCUGUUGCCUAAUAAUUCAAAUCAUAUUGUUUUGGCCACAAAGGGGCCAUCACGAGAAAAGCAGAACUGUGUGGAGCUCUGGAUCCAGACAAAACGUUUUUUUUUACUUCUGUCCACGAAGUUUGAUGGAGAAUGAUAAACGUGUUGUUAAAGCUGGAUUUUUUUCUUGGGUGAUCAGGAAAUGGAUGUUUUGUUCUUUGAUUUAAAAUAGAAACACAUCAUGCUUUACUCGGUGGAUCAGUAUUUAGAUAGUAAUAAGCUACAUGGCCGGUAAGACUUUUUAGCUGGGUGCUUGCAACACAAUUAGCUGGUGACAGGUUUGCUGAGAGAAUAUGAGGCUGCGACUAUGCCUUUCAGAUGUACUAUCUCAUGAUAGGAUGUGGGUUUUUAAAAGAGGUUUAUGGAUAUUUUCAGAGAGUGCCUGUAUAACUUUGACAAUCUUGGUGUCUUUAUAUGUGCCUGAUGUCUUUACCAACGUUUCUGGAGCUGAUUCUGAGUCCCAUCACACUGUUGAUGCUAAACAAGCAAGUGGCAGUACCCACCGGUUCCUUUUUUUCCAUAUCAAUUCCUGCUCUUUUGGCAGGACUGACUCUCGCGCGAAUCCAAACUCAAACCCUGACAGCGUUCCUGCCUUGAUUUAAUCUCAGAGCAGUGCAGGAGCUUGGUUAACUGCCAUUCUCCGUAAAUUACAGACAGCAGUCAGUGCUUUUUACUGUGCAAUUGAUGCUGUUAGAAUAUUAAGAGUGUAAACAAUCAAACCACUGUAUUUUAUGCCAUUUGGAUGUUUGAGCUUUCACUUCUUUGUCUAUGGCCUUAUUUUGGCAUCAUAUUGAAUGCAUCUGAAAUGUUAAGUGUUAGAUUAUGAAGUCUGAAGUAUUUUGCAAGCUUGAGGUCACGAGGUUGUUAUGCCAACAUGAUUAAAACAUCUUAUUAUAACUUAUCUAGAAUAAAUGGCCUAUUAUUAUCACAAAAGCCUGUGUUUUAAGAGAUAUGGUGCAUGUUAACCAACAGUAUGUUUGGUUUCUCUCCGGGCAUGUUCAGGCCAACAAGAAAUACAGAUUUGGAAGGCUGUGAAAGUGCCUCCAUGUUCACAGAGGUUGCUGAAUGUAGCAUAAAAAGACUUCAGAGGAAAGUGAGAGAGGAGUCGCACAGGGUUGGAUGAUACAAACGUUUGUUCAAUCAACUGUCAAAUCAUAACCGUUGUCUGAUGUUGAAAAGGUUUAAACAUAACAUUCCCUGUCAUGUGCAAAAAUAAAGUUUUUUUUUUAUAUCCCUGCAUUUUAAAGUAAUGUGGGCAUAAUUAAAAGCCUACACUUUUAUUUUGUAAUUUAUUCAGUUCUACUGAAGGGUCGACACAUCAUGAUGGUGUUGCAUCAGUAACCUUUGACCCAGGGGCCUCACAUUUCUUGUAAAUACACACAAAUUUGUAAUAUAAAGCCUGUUUCCAAAAUGAGCUGUAAUAUUUCAAAUUUUGUGUUGUCUUGAUGUCUUUUCAGACGGAUACUAGAGUUAAGGUGGUGGAAACAUACACGCACAACAAUAAAACAACUUAAAACCCUGA